UUAAACAACAGCUCGUCAGCCAUCUCGGAAAUCAAAAAUAGCUGAAACAUUAAAGCUCUCUUUAACGCUUUCUGGUAUAUUAGCCACGGUGUUUCGACACAUUUAUGUCAUCUAGUUAGUUAUCACAAUUAAUGUAAUAUUUACGUUGUUGUUUUUGGUCAGCUAGCUGGCUGGUUGAGUUAGCAUUAGCCUAGCUAGCUAACAUCUCCGACCAUGAGGUCACUGAGCUGCUCUCCUCUUAAAGAAGUGAAAGAGGAGGAGGAGGAGGAGGCUGUUACAGUGAAACAAGAAGAGGAAGACGUUUCAGUGAAAGAAGAGGAAGACGCGUUCAGAGUGAAAGAGGAGGAUGAGGAUGUUACAGUAAAAGAAGAGGAUGAAGAGAUGGACAUUUCAGUGAAAGAAGAGGAAGAAGCGUUCCGAGUGAAAAAGGAGGAGGAUGUUAAGGUGAAAGAGGAGGAAGAGAAAGAGGAGGAUACCGUUUUUGCAAUGAAGGAGGAAGGAGAGAUAACUGUCAUACUGGAGGAGGAAGAGGAUGAGAUUGGAGAUCUGAUUAACACCAGAGAGACACGUGACAAUCGUGGAUCCUCUGGGGAGCCUCAACGACAUCAUGACGCUGACGAGGCAGAGGAGAGUCUCUCCGCAUCAGAACACCUCAAGAAACACCAGCGGAGACCCAAAACGAAAACUCACUGCUGCUCUGACUGUGGGAAAGGUUACAAAUAUUCAUCAGCUCUUAAAAAACACCAGAGGUUCCACACCGGAGAGAAAGUAUACCACUGCUCAGACUGUGGGAGGAGGUUUACUUCCUCAGUCGGAAUGCAAUUACAUCAGAGAACCCACACCGGAGAGAAACCGUACCACUGCUCAGAUUGCGGGAUGGGUUUUACUACCUCAUGUAGACUGAUAUCACAUCAGAGAAUCCACACUGGAGAGAAACCAUACAUAUGCUCUGACUGUGGGAUGAGUUUUACAACCUCAGGUGGAAUGAUAUCACACCAGAGAGUACACACGGAGAAGACUUUUGCUGCCCGGACAGCCCUGGCUACUCACAAACGAAUCCACACUAGGGAGAAACCGUUUCACUGCUCCGACUGUGGAAUGAGCUAUAUUACCUUCAGCGGCCUGAAAACACACCAGGCUAAACAUACCGGGGAGAAACCGUAUAGCUGUGAUGUAUGUGGGGAUAGUUUUUCUCUCUCCACAACCCUAUCUAUUCAUAAACGAAUACACACAGGUGAGAAACCUUACCACUGCCUUGACUGUGGAAUUAGCUUUUCUGCCUCAAGUGGCCUGAGAAGACACCAGAGAAAACAUACAGGAGAGAAGCCUUAUAGCUGUGAUCAGUGUGGGAAGGGUUUUCUUCGAUCAGACUCCCUGGCAAAACACAAGGCAAGAGCCACAGAGUGUGGAAUGAUCUCCAAUACUCGACCUGGGUAGUAGAACAGAGUGUGGAAUGAUCUAUUUGUGAUAACUUUUGAUGUGUGUGUGUGUGUGUGUGUGUGUGUGUGUGUGUGUGUGUGUGUGUGUGUGUGUGUGUGUGUGUGUGUGUGUGUGUGUGUGUGUGUGUGUGUGUGUGUGUGUGUGUGUUCAACUUGUAUUUAAAAAUCCUACCACUUUUGAUUGAUCUAAUAUCUAUUGAUCACAAUUUAAAUGUUGUAAAUGGUGGAACAUUUAUAGAAAAUGUUAUAGAUGGAGCAUCAGCACAAUAAAUGUGAUGUUUUGGUGUAGUUGGAGACCCUAGAAGCUUUCACAUUCCAGAUGUUGCUGCAUACUAACAGAAAAAUGAGUUUCUAAUAUCAUGUAGCCUCCGACUCCAAGUUUCACUGGCGUUGCUCUCCAAAAGCCUGAGGAAGUUCAUGUUGGAAAAGUAGGUAUGAAAGCAUCACGAUGCUGGCUGAUUGGCUGAGAGUAUACUCCAUUUUUCCAAAUCAACCAUCUUUUACACCCCCUCUUCAGAAACAGAGUAAGCUAAGAAAACUCAUUUCAGUCUUCUAGAAACCCUGGGACCCUA